AUGGAGGACCUCACAUCCAGCGAGGAGCCACUGGAUGACCCCUGGAUGACCCCUGGACAAACCUCAGCACCUCCAAACGCUUCUGGGGCACCUCCCACGGCGCGGGAGGUCCCUUCCCCCCAGGAAAGGGAGGAACCGGAGGCGCUGGGGCCCCGUGGGGCCACCACCGGGGCUCCUUCUCCUGCUUCCCCCGCGGCUGGAGGAGGUCCGGUGGCCUGGUGGACCUCCUGGCGUGGUCAGCGCUGGUGGCCCGGCCUGGAGGGUGGCAGGAGUGUCACACGCCUGCGCCCCGGAGGUGACACAGGGGACGACAGAGGUGGCGCGCCUGCGCCCCGGAGGGUGACCAUGGUGACGCCGGCGGUGCUGCGGCUGGAGUCGGACGAGCAGGUGGUGCUGGAGGCGCCGGGGCUGAGCGCGGCCGCCGAGGCCUCGCUGCUGGUGCAGGACUUCCCGCAGAAGCGCCAGGUCCUGUUCCAGAGCCGCGUGGCGCUGAGCCCGGCCCAGGGCAUGAUGGCCACGGCCACCAUCAAGGUGCCGGCCAAGGCGCUGCCGCAGGCGCAGGGGAAGCAGUUUGUGACGGUGACAGCGCGGGUGGCCGCGGUGACACUGGAGAAGGUGCUGCUGGUGUCCCCGCAGAGCGGCCACAUCUUCGUGCAGACCGACAAGCCCAUCUACACCCCGGGGAGCACCGUGCUCUGCCGCCUCUUCACCGUGGGCCACCUCAUGCAGCCGGUAGCCAAGACGGUCAUCGUGGAGGUCAAGACGCCCGACAACGUCAUCAUCAAACAAGUCCCGGUGUCGUCCCCGACCAAAAACGGGAUCCUGACCAUCAACCACAACCUGCCCGAGGUCGUCAGCUUGGGCAUGUGGACGAUUUCGGCCAAAUUCGAGGAUUCCCCGGAUCAGGAUUUCAGCGCCCAAUUCGAGGUCAAGGAAUACGUGCUGCCGAGCUUUGAGGUGUCCGUGGAUCCCGAGGAGAAGUUCCUGUACAUCGACCGCCAGGCGGAUUUCCGGGUGUCCAUCCUGGCCAGAGGCAGUGACAUGGUGGAGGCCCAGCGCGGUGGCAUCCCGAUCGUGACGUCGCCCUACAGCAUCCACUUCACCCACACCCCCAAGUACUUCAAGCCGGGGAUGCCCUUUGACCUCACGGUUUAUGUCACCAACCCCGACCAGUCCCCGGCGCCACGUGUCACCGUCCAGGCCGAUGGCUUCCAGGGCCAGGUGGCCACACAGCGCGAUGGCACGGCCAGGCUGGUCCUCAACAUGCCAGCCAACAAGGACAGCGUCCCCAUCACCGUGCGGACGGCCCAGGCAGGGCUGCCACCAGAGCGCCAGGCCUCGCGGCAGAUGACGGCCCAGGCCUAUCGCAGCCAGGCCGGCUCGGGCAACUUCCUGCACCUGGCGGUGGCCGCCACCGAGCUGCAGCCCGGGGACAACCUGGCCGUGAACUUCCACCUCAAGACCAGCAACAACGACGUCCGCAACUCCGUCCCGUUCUUCACCUACCUGAUCAUGACCAAGGGACGCAUCCUCCGAGCCGGCCGGCAGCGGCACGAGGCCGGCCAGAGCUUGGUGACCAUGACCCUGCCGGUGACGCCGGAGCUCAUCCCGUCCUUCCGCAUCGUGGCCUACUACUACGUCCUGCCCGGCGAGAUCGUGGCUGACUCCGUCUGGGUGGACGUCAAGGACACCUGCAUGGGCACUCUGGUGGUGAAGGGGGCGACGGAAGGUGACAACCGUGUGCACGAGCCGGGGACACCCAUGAGGCUGCGCAUCGAGGGCGACCACAAGGCCCACGUGGGGCUGGUGGCCGUGGACAAGGGGGUCUUUGUCCUCAGGAAGAACAAACUCACCCAGACCAGGGUUUGGGACACGGUGGAGAAAAGUGACAUCGGCUGCACGCCGGGCAGCGGCAGGGACAACAUCGGGGUCUUCGCGGACGCUGGCCUGAGCCUGACCACCAGCGUCAAGGUCACCACGCCCCAGCGGUCAGAGGUCCAGUGUCCCCAGCCUGCCAAACGCAAGCGCCGCUCGCUGGCACUCGCCGAGUACAAGGGCACCAAGGCGGCCGAGUACUCGGACAAGCUGGAGAGGAAGUGCUGCGAGGACGGGAUGAAGGACAACCCGAUGGGACACAGCUGCGAGCAGAGGACCGAGUACAUCCAGGAGGGCGAGUCCUGCGUCCGCGCCUUCCUCGACUGCUGCAGAUACAUCAAGGCCAAGCGGGACCAGCAGAACCUCUCACCCAGCACCGGGCUGGCCAGAAGCCAUGAGGACGACGAUCCGUUCUUGGAGGACUCGGACAUCGUCUCACGGAGCCUCUUCCCCGAGAGUUGGCUGUGGCAGGUGGAGCAGCUGACGGAGCCACCCAACGAGCUGGGGGUCUCGGCCAAGACGCUGCCCGUGUACCUGAAGGACUCCAUCACCACCUGGGAGGUCCUGGCGGUCAGCCUCUCCCCCUCCAAAGGGCUGUGCGUGGCCGACCCCUACGAGAUCACGGUGAUGAAGGAGUUCUUCAUCGACCUCCGCCUGCCCUACUCGGUGGUGAGGAACGAGCAGGUGGAGAUCCGCGCCAUCCUCUACAACUACUGGUUGCACGACAUCACGGUGCGCGUGGAGCUGGUCUACAACCCCGACCUGUGCAGCCCCUCCACGGCCAAGCGGCGCUUCCAGCAGGUCCUGAGGAUGAAGGCCGAGUCCUCGCGCACCGUGUCCUUCGUCAUCGUCCCCCUCAAGCUCGGCCUGCUGGACAUCGAGGUCAAGGCGGCCGUCCGCAACCAGUACGUGGGCGACGGGGUCAAGAAGAAGCUCCGAGUUGUGCCCGAGGGGAUGCGGCUGGAGAAGACGGUGAAGAUCGUCGAGCUGGACCCGCAGAACAAGGGAGUCAACGGGGUGCAGGAGGAGCGGGUGAAGGCCGCCGACUUGUCGGACAUCGUCCCCAACACCGAGUCGGAGACCAAAGUCAGCAUCCAGGGCAACCCCGUGUCCAUCAUCGUGGAGAAGUCCAUCGAUGGGGCCAAGCUGAAGCACCUGAUCGUGACGCCGUCGGGUUGUGGGGAGCAGAACAUGAUCGCCAUGACCCCGACGGUCAUCGCCGUCCACUACCUGGACAGCACCGAGCAGUGGGAGAACUUCGGCAUCGACCGCCGGGCGGGGGCCAUCGAGCUGAUCAAGAAAGGCUACACCCAACAGUUGGCCUUCCGCAAGCCCGACAGCUCCUAUGCCGCCUUCAUCAACCGCCCCUCCAGCACCUGGCUGACCGCCUACGUGGUCAAGGUGUUCGCCAUGGCCAGGAAGCUGACGGACAUCGAGCACGGCGAGAUCUGCGGCCCCCUCAAGUGGCUCAUCCUCAACAAGCAGAAGCCAGACGGGGUCUUCCAGGAGGACGCGCCUGUCAUCCAUAAGGAGAUGGUGGGAGGCUACCAAGGCGCCGAGCCCGAGGUGUCCCUCACCGCCUUCGUCCUCAUCGCCCUGGAGGAGGCACGGGACACCUGCAAGGACCACGUCAACAACUUGGACGAGAGCAUCAACAAAGCCGCCGGAUUCCUGGCCCGGCGCUACGAGCAGCUGGCCCGGCCCUACACGGUGGCCCUGGCGUCCUACGCGCUGGCCCUGGCCGGGAAGCUCAAGACUGAGAGGAUCCUCAUGAGGUUCUCUAAAGGUGGGGCCAGCUGGGAGGAGCACAACGCCCGCACCUACAACAUCGAGGGCACGUCCUACGCGCUGCUGGCGCUGGUGCAGAUGAAGAAGUCCGAGCUGGCCGGGCCGGUGGUCCGGUGGCUCGCCCAGCAGAACUACUACGGAGGGGGCUACGGCUCCACCCAGGCCACCAUCCUGGUGUUCCAAGCGCUGGCCCAGUACCAGGUGGCCACGGAGGCCCAGCAGCAGCUGGAGCUGGACGUGUCGGUGCUGCUGCCGCGCCGCGCCAGCCCCAUCAAGUACCGCAUCAAGAACAGCAACGCGCUGGUGGCACGCUCCGCCGAGACCAAGCUGAACGAGGACUUCACGGUCAAGGCCGAGGGCGUGGGCAAGGGGACAAUGACAGUGGUGACCGUGUACCACGCCAAGGUCCCCGAGAAGGAUGACAAAUGUGACAACUUCGACCUGAGCGUGGACGUGGAGGAGGUCAACACGGGCAAGGAAGAGGAGGAUGUCAUCAGGUCUGUGAAGAUCACCAUCUGCACCAGGUACCUGGACACCGUGGAUGCCACCAUGUCCAUCCUGGAUGUCACCAUGCUCACCGGAUUCUCACCGGACGUGCAGGACCUGAGGAGGCUGUCCGAGGGCGUGGACAGGUACAUCUCCAAGUUCGAGCUGGACCAGGACAAAGAGCGGAGCAACGUCGUCAUUUACCUGGACAAGGUGGGGACACUGGGGACACGGGGGUGGGGACAGGACUGGGAUGACGAUCGCUGCACGCGGUUCUACCACCCGGACAAGGAGGGAGGGAAGCUGAACAAGAUCUGCCAGGGGGACGUUUGUCGCUGCGCCGAAGAGAGCUGCUUCAAGCGCCAGGAGAAGCCCGAGGCCAUCACCGUCAACCAACGCAUGGAGCGGGCCUGCGAGCCCGGGGUGGACUUCGUGUACAAGGUGAGGGUGGUGGCCCGCGAGGAGACCCCGUCCCACGACAAUUACGUCAUGGAGGUCCUGACGGUCAUCAAGAUGGGUACGGCCACCUCGGGGGGGACAAGGCCACCUCGG